AUGGUUGGCAUAUUCGGGUAUGCCGCUAUAGCCGGAGAUGGUGACGGACGUAAGAUGGCGCAGGCGGAGAUUGGCCAGACCAUAAUUGCGGAGGGAAUUCAAGCGACGCUGCAAUCUAUGAGCCAAACCCGCGAAUAUCCUACUCGUCAGGCCAUGCGAGCCACCCAAACGGUUGUGGCCGCAACCACCAUCCCGCAGACCCGCCACGCCCUCACUGUCAGCCAGACGCGAGCUGCCUCCCAAGCGACCCAAACCGCCAGGAACGCGCCAGCUCCUUACUCCAUCAAGGUUCGAGGAACCGAGGUGGUUUGUCGGGAAAUCGCCUACGAGUAUGUCUAUAUGGCGGACUUGGGAAAGAUCGCCGCAUUGCAGCACGUAGCCAACGCCAUAACCCUUCGCAGCAAUAACUCAACGGCUUAUUUCAGCGCCAACGACGCCGAGAAUGCUCUGGUUGAUUGCAAAUGCUUCUCGCCGCGCAAUUGCAAACCGAUCCGUUAAUGAAGCCCCUCGCAUUACGGCAAACGACAUCAUGU